UGGCAGAGAGCUCACACAAGCAGGGGAUCAGGGAGAACAAGUAAAAGCAGACUAAUUACAGAGCAGAAUUACUAAGACAACGGGAAGAAAGAGGGGAGAAGAGAAAAGAUAGUGUACAGAAACUCCAAUCCACAGACAAUAUGCAGGGAAGUAUGAGGUUGUGGAUGUCAGUGCUGACUAUAUGUCUAUCCUUGCUGAUCUGCUUGGGGACAUUUGCAGAGGCUUAUCCAUCAAAACCAGAUAACCCGGGAGAGGAUGCACCGGCAGAGGAUAUGGCCAAAUAUUACUCAGCACUGAGGCAUUAUAUAAACCUCAUAACACGGCAAAGAUAUGGAAAGAGAUCAAAUCCUGAAGCAAUGCUUUCAGAUCUUUGGUGGAGAGAAAGCACGGAAAACAUUCCCCGAUCUAGGUUUGAAGACCCCCCCAUGUGGUGAUGUAAAUGGAAACCCAUCUUGAGUCUUUUUCAAAGUUUUUGAUCAAUCGCUCAUUGCUAUAUGACAAAUCAGACUUUUAUCGACCCUCCAAAAACACCACCAAUGCAUGCAGACGUUUGCUGAAUUCUGUAGAAUUGUUUUAUUCUUCCACUGCAUUUGUUUGUAUAAAGACAUUUAAUGUUGAAAUAAAUAACUUGUGCUUAGAAAGUGCAACAAAGAUGUGAAAUUAUACAUAUCGGUUAUUUGCAGCUGCAGAAAAUAUACCAGUCAGGGGAAACGUGCAAUUUAGUGUAGCACUUCUGGCAGUGAAAAGGUUAACAAAUCUGUGUUAAAAUCUCAUUCAUUUCAAUCCACUUAUGUUACGUCAAUGACCGGAUUUCUUCCAUCAUCUGUACCUUUUCUUGUGGAAAAAGUAAGAUAUUGUAUGUUGGUAAUUAUGUAAAUCAAUUUAGCAGAAUAAAAACCUUUAAAAACCUUUUCAAAAA